GCCUGGCUUUAAAACCUUCGCCACCGGGCGGCGGAAUUACAAAGGAGACCGUCUGCCUCCUUUGUCCUGGACUUGGGAGUUGAGCGCCUUCGUCGCCAUUGGCUUUCCUCCCCCAGCUCCAGCCUCUCUCAUCUUGGGUAUCUGCGUCAGAAGUCACUCGCAGUCCCGCCAGCUCAGGCAGCCCAGCCGAGACUGCGGAGACCCUUGGGACAUUGGAUCCACCUGGAUGAUCCAGAAGAAUCUUACUUUGAGAAGUAAAGCAGGCUACUGGCAAUUUGGAGAGCAAGGAAAAUGAAGCUCCCUAUUUUCACAGUAGAUGCAUUUACAGCAAAAGCAUUUUGUGGGAAUCCUGCUGCUGUUUGUCUUCUGGAAAAUACAUUGGAUGAAGACAUGCAUCAAAAAAUUGCAAGAGAAAUGAACCUCUCUGAAACUGCUUUUAUACGAAAACUGCACCCAACUGACAACUUUACACAAAGUUCCUGCUUUGGACUAAGGUGGUUUACGCCAGCGAGUGAGGUUCCUCUCUGUGGCCAUGCUACCCUGGCUUCUGCAGCUGUGCUGUUUUACAAAAUAAAAAAUGUGAAUAGCACUCUAACCUUUGUCACUCUGAGUGGGGAACUAAAGGCCAGAAGAGCAGAGGAUGGUAUCAUCCUGGAUCUGCCUCUUUAUCCAACCCACCCCCAGGACUUCCAUGAAGUGGAGGACUUGAUAAAGACUGCCAUAGGUGAUACACUGGUCCAGGACGUCCGCUAUUCUCCAGAUACCCGAAAGCUCCUUGUCCGGCUCAGUGAUACUUAUAGGAGGUCAUUUUUGGAGAACCUGAAGGUGAAUACACAGAAUCUUCUGCAAGUGGAAAACACAGGAAAGGUGAAAGGACUUAUUCUCACCCUUAAAGGAGAGCCUGGAGGGCAGAGCCAAGCAUUUGACUUUUACUCCAGAUAUUUUGCACCAUGGGUUGGUGUGGCUGAAGACCCUGUAACAGGGUCUGCACAUGCCGUUCUCAGCAGCUACUGGUCUCAGCAAUUGGGGAAGAAGGACAUGCGUGCCUUUCAGUGUUCCUGUCGAGGAGGACAACUGGAGAUUUCAGUGCGUCCUGAUGGACGAGUUGACAUUAGAGGUGGCACUGCUUUUGUUCUAGAGGGCACUCUGACAGCCUAGAGGUUGUUGUGGUUCCAGCUGCUCUUCUGAAUGACUAAGUAUUUUCUGCAUGAAAAGAAAUGUAAGAGGCUACUUUUACCAAAUUCACAUAGUAAUUCACUUAAUCCUCAUGUUAGAAAUAGAAAAAUGAAGACAUUUUAAUGGAAAUUUAAUAAUGCUUCCUGACUAACUAAUGGAGUUUCAGCGCUAUAUAUAUUUGAAAUGUAAGUAACCAGUAAUGAAGCCUAAUGUUGUCACCUUUGAUUAAGACUACCAAUCACAGAAUUAGGAAUAAAUCUAUGAGGAAUAAGAUCAAACCAUUUAAACCUAAGUGUGAGUAUCUGAUGGAAUAUUUUGCAGCCAUUAAAAAGACCCAGUGACUAUGUGGAAAUAUAGAAAAACAUCUCAUGAGAUAAUGUUAAGAGAGGAAAUUACAGUGGACUAUAAAAUGUUAGCAAUAUUAUGCUAUGUCUAUGGACAGUAUAAAUUUAUAUGGACAACAAAUAUGGGUCAUGAAGAUAGAAAGGUGAAAGCUGUUCAUAUGUGUCAGAGGAUAAGACUGGGAGUCAUUUAUUGCACCUAAAAAAUUAUUCCUUUAUUGGGGCAUACUCAUGUUCAAUAACUAAAAAUCAGGACAUAGAAUAACUAAAAAACCCAGAAAUUUCAAGAAAUGUAUGUGUAUUAGUGUGGUAGUAAAAUUAAAUACUAAAAGCAAUAUAAUAUCUUUAUCUUGAUAUAUAGCUUUAGAGUGAUAAAAUGGCAUUCUUCUCUUACUUUAAUAAAAUUGGUUUUAACAUAACUUUCAA